GACACAAGAGGCGAGAUGGAAUGUUUCUGCAAUAUCAGACGCCAGGCCUAAUAUCAUAGACACAAGCUUCAAAGUGGAUGAUAUGACAAGAUUUUUGACGCUAAAGGUUGAGUUUGACUGAUCUAGUCAAUCUGUCAGGUUUAUAUUGUAUACAUGGGCUCUACUACAGAGGAUUACUUUCUUACAUCUGAGUACCACAUUGGUAUUCUCCAACAAGUUUUAGAAGACAGUAUGGCAAAAGAAUCCUUGGUUAGAAGUUACACGAAGAGUUUCAAUGGUUUUGCUGCAAGGCUGACUGAGAAAGAAAGUGAAAUACUCAAGGGUAUGAAGGAAGUAGUAUCUGUGUUUCCUAGUAAAGCACUCGAACUUCAAACUACGAGGUCUUGGGAUUUCAUGGGAUUCACCGAGACUGUUGCACCUAGAGAAACUCGCGCUGAGAGUAAUUUGAUACUUGGUGUUAUUGAUAGCGGAAUAUGGCCCGAGUCACCUAGUUUUAAUGAUAAUGGCUUCAGCGCUCCUCCUAAGAAAUGGAAAGGUGCUUGUAAGGGCGGAGAAAAUUUCACUUGCAACAACAAGCUUAUAGGAGCUAGGACUUUUUUUGAUUCAGCGAGGGAUGAUAUCGGUCAUGGAACACACACGGCCUCAACGGCAGCUGGGAGGAUUGUAGAUGAUGCAAAUUUUUACGGACUGGCAGAAGGAUCUGCAAGAGGAGCGGUACCAUCAGCCAGGAUUGCUGCAUACAAAGUUUGCGAUACCUCAGAUUGCGAUGAAGCAGAUAUUCUUUCUGCUUUUGAUGAAGCCAUUGCUGAUGGGGUUGACUUGAUAACAAUUUCCAUAGGAAAUACCGAUGCAGCUGAUAUAUAUUCAGAUACUAUUGCCAUAGGUGCUUUCCAUGCAUUGCAGAAUGGAAUACUAACUGUGCAGUCUGCUGGAAACUCAGGAAAUGUGAGUGGUUCUGUAACAAGUGUUGCACCCUGGCUAUUUAGUGUUGCAGCUAGCUUUAUGGACCGUCGAAUUCUUGAUAAAGUUGUCCUUGGAAACAGAAGAACAUUAAUUGGUAAUUCUAUCAACUCCUUCACGUUGAACGGAGACAUGUUCCCUUUGGUAUAUGGGAAACAGGCGUCAACUCACUGUUCCGAGGACUUGGCUGUGUCAUGUUCAGCCGGCUGCCUGGAUAAAAAUUUAGUUAAGGGGAAGAUAGUAGUUUGUGACAGUACAGACGGGGUAAUUGGUGAAGGUUUGAGAGCUGGUGCCCUUGGGGUAUUGGCACGAGCUUAUGUUGAUGAUGUGUCUCAGAUUCAACCCAUACCUGCAGUUUUGUUAAAACCCCAUGAAUUUGAAGUAUUGUUAUCCUACCUGAACUCUACAAAAGCUCCUAUGGCAAACAUCCUCAAGAGUGAAUCCUUUAACGACACUUCUGCUCCUGUUGUUGUUUCAUUUUCUUCUCGAGGCCCUAAUCCUAUUGCACCGGAUAUCCUCAAGCCUGAUAUCACUGCACCAGGAGUAGAAAUUUUAGCGGCGUUUUCACCAAAUGUUUCUGUAUCUGAAUAUCCUAAUGAUAAGAGAUCAGUCAAGUAUGCAGUAAUAUCUGGAACAUCCAUGUCUUGUCCCCAUGUAGCGGGAGCAGCUGUUUAUGUAAAAUCGAUUCAUCCUGAUUGGUCUCCUUCUGCUAUUAAAUCUGCUUUGAUGACUACAGCACGUCCUAUGAGUAGUUCAAAGAACCCAGAUGCAGAAUUUGCUUAUGGAUCAGGGCAUCUUAAUCCUGUAGAGGCUGUAAAUCCUGGACUUGUUUAUGAAACAACUGAAGAUGAUUAUUUGACAUUUCUAUGCAAGCUGGGUUACAGCAAAGAGCAAAUCAGUCUAAUAUCAGGCAAUAAGAGUUUCUCCUGCCCGAAAAAGAGUUUAUCUGACCCAAACGACGUUAACUAUCCUAGCAUGUCUGCUUCAGUAAAUGCUGAGAAAUCUUUUAAUAUCAAGUUCCGUAGAACAGUGACUAAUGUUGGGGUUGCUAAUUCCACAUACACAGCAAAAGUGGAAUCAGGUGAAAAAAUGAAGGUGACGGUGAAUCCUAAAACACUUUCGUUUACAUCAUUGAAGGAACAAAAGUACUUUGAUGUGAGUGUUGUUGGUAAGGGAUUAGCAAGUAGGUCUCAGGUUUCUGCAUCACUGGUUUGGUCUGAUGGAAGUCAUUUUGUUAGGAGUCCUGUUGUUGUAUACAGUAUGUAGCUUAGUAUGUUGAUAUAAGCUGUUUUUAUAAAGAGUAUAUUCCAAUAAUAUAUUAAUAUAAUAUAGUUCAUCGAUUGA